AUGAAUGCCAUUGUAGGUUUUGACCACCUUGACUUUCUUUCUCUAUCCUUCCUUCGCAUCUACGAACCACAGCAAGAUCCUGCAAGCGUUAGCGACGAAGACGAGGAACCCACUGAUGAGAAUGAUUCAACAACACUGCGUGAGCUAUCGACUGCCUAUCCAAAAGAGCGACAACUUUCCAAGUUUUUAAACUCGGUAGCGGAAACGUUUUCACGGGAAAAAUCUAUUUCUCCAGCGGGAGGGCAGCAACAUAUACGACGCAGGGGUAAUACAACAGGGAAAGGAGCGCGUCAAGUUUCUGCUUCCGGUUUGGUUCUGGCGAAUCAACAACCUAAGGUUUACAUCGCGAAAAACAAGGGUACGAACGAUGAAGACAAGAAGUUGGCCAAUACUCUAACAGUCUGGAUCCGGGCUAUCGCGACUACGGGGAAGCGGCCGGCCAUCGAGAAAGAUAAGGUCUGGACGGGGCUGUUGAGCUACUACAAGCAGCGCCUAGAUGUGUAUGCCGCACAAAUAUCGUCCGUUGCGGUGGCGGAAAUCACUGGCGCCUUUGCGGAAGGGUCGAAUGCAGUUGGGCGCGCCCGGGAGCUGCAUAGCCUGUCUGCUGAAUACAGAAUUGACAAGUCCACUGAUGUACUCCAGCGCAUGGUAUCUAUCGCAUACGAUCUACUCUACGAACCGAAUCCUGCCAUCCUGUCCCCAGCAAGUAGAGAGGGGAGGAAUGCAAUUUGCUUUUUGGAACGUCUAAAAUCAGCAUACAAAACAUUCAAGGAGACCGCCAUCCAGUUUCAAAAGUCAUUCGUGAAGCUGAGUAUCGGUUGUCUCCCAGUACCGGAUAGUAUGCGAUUUACAAGGAGGGAGGUUGAGGAACGGAUCCAAAUUCUGGCUGGGAAAAAAGGAAUGUCUCAGCUACGCAUUGGGUAA